AUGAAAUAUUGCACCUCAAACGACCGAAACGAAGACAAUAACGGAACAUUUGCGACGACAGGGAAGCCUCACGAAGGCGUUGUGACACAAUUUCUUGAGACAUACGACUACUCACGCAUCCUGCCUUCGCUCAGCGUAGCCAGGGAAAUGUUCGGCGAUCACGAAGCACAAAGACUCAUCGAUGAGUGUGUCUUCUUGGAACUCUCUGAAGCAGACAUCGUUGCUACUGUUACACGCGUAACGGCUGAGAACAUUCUGAGGCAGUACCGCAGACUCCUUGCGCUCAGUUUUCCUGCUGGUCAGAACGUCGACGAACUGUUUAUUAGUGGGCCGAGCGCGCGCAACGCGAAUAUCAUAGAUUACCUCGAAGCGGAGCUCCCCGAGAGCGUGAUAACGAAGCCUCUCGACGAUAUAGGCAUACCGGGUGACGCAAACGAGGCCGUAUGUUAUGCGCACCUUGCGCUGGAAGCUGUGCUUGGACAGCCUGUACGCUACUCUGCAGAAUUAUCACGGUCUUGGAGCCAGCCGGGCCAUGACGUUGUACUGGGGAGAGUUGUGCGGGGCGAGAAUUGGGAAAACCUCACCACUUGGCUGCAGAAGUUUGCUGGUGGGAAGCCACGACGCCUCGCCAAAACCGUGAGGAUAGUUGGUAGCGUCGAAUCUGGCAUAAAAGACCUCGGGCUAUGA